UCGGAGAGAGCAGUUGGUGGGCCGGAAAUACGCAGGCCGGCGUGGGCUCCUGGUUGCAGCGGGGCGGCCGCGCCGCAGCAUGACCCAGUCGGUGGUCAUACAGGUCGGCCAGUGCGGAAACCAGAUUGGCUGCUGCUUCUGGGACCUGGCGCUGAGGGAGCACGCCGCGGUCAACCAGAAAGCAAUUUAUGAUGAGGCAAUAAGCAGCUUCUUUAGAAAUGUGGAUACCAGAGUGGUUGGUGAUGGUGGCAGUAUUUCCAAGGGGAAAAUUCGUUCUUUAAAAGCACGAGCUGUCUUGAUUGACAUGGAGGAAGGGGUAGUAAAUGAAAUUCUUCAGGGACCAUUGAGAGAUGUAUUUGAUAGUAAGCAGCUCAUCACUGAUAUUUCUGGCUCAGGGAAUAAUUGGGCUGUGGGUCACAAAGUGUUUGGCAGUCUUUAUCAGGAACAGAUUUUAGAGAAACUCAGAAAGUCAGCAGAGCACUGUGAUUGUUUGCAGUGUUUUUUUGUAAUACAUUCCAUGGGAGGAGGAACAGGAUCUGGACUUGGCACAUUUCUUUUAAAGGUGCUUGAGGAUGAAUUCCCAGAAGUAUACAGAUUCGUGACUUCAGUUUAUCCUUCUGGUGAAGAUGAUGUCAUAACCUCGCCUUAUAAUAGCAUGUUGGCAAUGAAGGAACUUAAUGAGCAUGCAGACUGUGUGUUGCCCAUUGACAACCAAUCUUUAUUUGACAUCAUUAGCAAAAUUGACCUCAUGGUGAAUUCUGGAAAGUUGGGUACAGCUAUAAAGCCAAAGAGUCUGGUUACUUCAAGUGCUGGAGCUUUUAAAAAGCGGCAGGAGAAACCAUUUGAUGCAAUGAACAACAUUGUGGCAAAUUUGCUGCUCAACCUAACAAGCUCUGCAAGGUUUGAAGGAUCCCUUAAUAUGGACCUUAAUGAAAUCAGCAUGAAUUUAGUUCCUUUUCCUCAACUGCAUUAUCUUGUGUCCAGCCUAACACCUCUGUAUACACUGGCAGAUGUUAACAUUCCUUCUCGAAGGUUGGAUCAGAUGUUUUCAGAUGCCUUCAGUAAAGAUCACCAGCUAAUUCAAGCUGACCCCAAACAUAGUCUCUACCUCGCCUGUGCCCUCAUGGUUAGAGGAAAUGUACAGAUUUCUGAUCUUCGCAGAAAUAUUGAAAGAUUAAAACCUUCUCUACGGUUUGUCUCCUGGAAUCAAGAAGGCUGGAAGACCAGCCUGUGUUCAGUACCUCCUGUGGGCCAUUCCCAUUCAUUAUUAGCUUUAGCAAACAACACAUGCGUGAAGCCUACCUUCAUAGAACUGAGAGAGAGAUUCACGAGGCUCUACAAAAAAAGGGCUCAUCUUCAUCACUAUCUACAAAUUGAAGGGAUGGAGGAAAGCUGUUUCACAGAAGCCAUGUCAUCUUUAUCAGCACUCAUACAGGAAUAUAACCAACUGGAUGCCACAAAAAGCAUGCCUGCAGAAGAUUUACCUAGACUACGCGUAGCUGUGUGAAAAAGAAACCCCAAGGAUACAAUUUCUUUUUCUUAAUUUCACAUUUUUUGUCCCCUUACCUUUCUAUUUUAGAAUUUUUGUGACUCAGAAAGCCUGAUGUGUGUUUUUCAUAUUGGGAAGGUUUUUGUCUUUAGAGUAGUUUCCAUUUAAUGACAAUUUGUUGAUGAUCCCACUGUGUGAAAUUAGCCAAGUCCUAGUGCCUUGACUUUAAACAUCUGUCUUCCAAAAAGUCGUGUUUUCUAAAAUUGAGAGAACAGAGUUCUUCAACAUUUUAUUUUAUUUAUAGUCUCAUAUUUAGGCAUUUAUACAGAGAUAAUCAUGUCUUCAAUAAAAGUCUUGUACAGAUAUAUUUUUUAUAUUUAUUGAUAAUUUAUGUCUUCACAUUCUGUUUAAAUUCUAACUCUUUAAAAGUAAAUAUGGGAGUAGAAGAACACAGUAUAAAUAUUUCUAUGUAAUACCCACUAACUUCAGGAAUAGAUUUUAUUGCAUCUUGAGGUUUUAUUUCUUCUUUGGGUAACCACUUGUUCGCACUCAAAAGAAUCACAAUUUACAAUUAUUUUAACUUGUAUUAAAUUAUUUUUAAAUAUAAUGGUUUUUUUAUCAAACCAGUUAAUUUUGUAACAAUAAAUGUCCAUGUUUUUAAACUAUG